GCGGAAGACGGAAGUCGUAAGAAGCUAUGAAUGUCAAACUAUAGCAUGGUUGAGUCCUGAGUAACCUAACAUAAACAUGUCUAGUUACAGUCUAUUUAGAAUAGUAGCGCUGACAAAAUGCAUCACAACCAGCCCUACAACGGCGCUUUGCAGGGUGAACGUGACAAACAGACUAAAGACACGUGGAUAUGCGAAGAAAGUCGUGGCCAAAGGAAAGGGUAAAGGUAUGGUCAAGGAGGAGCUGCAAGGUCCAGAAGUGUGUAAAGACACUGUCAAACUUACUUCUCAUGCAGUAGGGGCCAACAUCUUUAAACAAGGAGAUGACCCCAAACUGAAGCCUCCUGAGGAAUAUCCAGAGUGGUUGUUCCAGCUGAACCUGGGAGAGCCCAAGAAGCUGCCAGAGCUGGAGCCAGACACCUGGGAAUACUGGAAGCGUCUGAGGAAGGAAAACAUUUGGCGUUCCAACAGACUGCAAAAAGGGAAGACGUUUUGAACAAUCACUGGACUGCCAGUGGGCAGCUCUUGUCCUGGGCAGCCAUGUGCUUUGGACUCUAAUGAACUGAAUUUCUGUGACAUGUGACAUCGGCAUGUCCACAUCACAUGUCUAGUUCCUUAAUUAAAUAUUAUUAGACCCUUUACCACGUGCCAUUCAUCUAGUAGGUUGCCUGAAAACAUGCAGCACACACAGUCCUUUAUCUGCAUUGGCCUUCCGGGAACAGUGUUUGGAAGCUGAAAGCAUGAAACUCUUGCUGAUUUAGGCUUUUAAGUUCAAUGUGUUGUGACAUUGUAUUAUCAUCCAUCCUGAGUGAUGUGUUCACAUGUGGACAGUGCUAUGUACAGGUCAGAAAGUCCCCAAUUCAUCUUAGGGUCCAGGUCCACUCAUCAAAAAACACAUUCAGAUAAAGCUUGAGCUAAUUUCCUCCCACCUGUUGCAGUUUCAUACUAUUUUAACACUUCUCAGCACCACUAUGUUGAUGUAUUUAUAGCUAUAACUACACCAUUAACAUUUCCUUUUUUUUUGAGGGUGGACACAUCCGUACCUUCAGACUCAUUAAAGUUUUUUCCUGGAGGACAGA